CUCGGUGUGUGUUUAAAAGUGAGCAAGUAAAACAAGUAGUAGUUCAUUCUUCAUUGUUCAUGCCUGCCUGCAGCAUCGCAACAUUCUUCACUCACCUCACCACACCACACCAAGAUGGGAUCCAUUGAGGAGAAUGAUAAUGAUGUUUUCAUGGAGGAUGCGUCUUUUGAAGUCCUUGAUUUGAAUCCUAAAAUAGGUCAUGAAUAUCAGGCAGAAAUUCCUUCCAUGAUUAAGAAAUCGGAGGAGCUUUCACUUCGAAUGAAUCCGGCUGAUUCAGAAGGUAUGCAUGAUAGAUCACUUUCUUUUGCAAUUGGUUUGCCAAUCCCAGUCACAUGGAUACACAAUGAAAUGGAGGAUAGUGGACAUGAAGAGUUGGGAUAUCAUGGAGACAUCAAUUCAUGUCAAUUGGUCCCUGGCAUAUUGAGUAGCUCCUGGAGUGAUGCUGAUACGAAAAGUUUUCUACUUGGUUUGUUUAUUUUCGGGAAGAACUUUAUUCAGAUCAAAAGGUUCUUAGACAACAAAGGGAUGGGGGAAAUACUUUCAUUUUACUAUGGAAAGUUUUACAAAACUGAUGGAUAUCGUAGAUGGUCAGAGUGCAGGAAGAAAAAAGGGAGAAAAUGUAUGAUAGGACGUAAACUUUUUACUGGUCCUAGGCAACAUGAACUGUUGUCUCGCUUGAUUCCUCAUGUCUCUAAAGAAUCUGAAGAUAAUUUGUUACAGGUUUCUAAGUCAUACAUGGAGGACAGAACUUCUCUAGAAGAAUACAUAUCUUCUUUGAAGUCUAUGGUUGGAAUUGGUGUUCUUGUUGAAGCAGUAGGUAUUGGCAAUGAGAAGGGAGACCUUACUAGGCUUGGUGGGGAAAAUGGGAAAAACAGUCGUGCAUUUUCAGCACCAACGGGCAAAGCUUUGUCUUCUCUUGGACCGAGUGAUAUAAUACAGUCUUUGACAGGAGGUCGGCUUAGCAAAACCAAAAGAACUGAACUCUUCUGGGAAGCUGUUUGGCCCCGCUUACUGGCAAGAGGUUGGCACUCCGAGCAACCAAAGACUCGGGGCUAUGUUACCUCCAAAGACUUUCUGGUUUUCCUUAUUCCUGGUGUUGAGAAGUUUUCCAGGAGAAAACUUGUGAAAGGUAAUCAUUACUUUGAUUCUAUUAGUGAUGUCUUGAGCAAAGUAGAAGCUGAACCUAAUAUUCUCGUGCUCGAAGAAGAAGCUAAAAUUGAUAGCUGCAACGAGGAUGAGCCAGAAAAAGGAUCAAUUGAAGAUGAUUUAUCUGAUGAUCAUCGUCAAUGUUACCUCAAACCCCGAUCUUCUACCUACAAUAAAGAUCAUAUCAAAUUCAUGGUUAUCGAUACCACCAGUUUGGUGCAUGGCAGAAAUCCAUCUCAUAUAAGGGAAUUGAAAUCUGUGCCUGUUAAUUCAGUGUGUGAAGCAGAGAUAGAUGAUGCUGGUAAGAAAUAUAAAGGGAAAAAAUAUAUGAGGAAAGUAAACCGUAGCAAGGAUAUGUCUAAAAGCAUUAAACAGAAGUCGUCAAAGUUAACAGUCAUUGAUACCAAUAGACUUUCCGGAGGAAAAAUAUUGAAGCUGAAAGUGAAACAACGGAAACAUCCGCCACUUGAAUUAGAAGAUACUUCUAUGACGAUUACCGGUCUUCUUAGAGAAAGUAAAAUGCUGAUAUGUGGCAAAAGGAAAAUCAAUGAAACUGAUAGUCACGAAAGUGUAUCUGACGGAAGUGCUACCAGUAAAAAAGAGGCACGUGAUAAUUCUGAUAAUAAUGCAAACAAGAUGGUCGAAAGCCAGAAAAUUAAACAGGCCAGUGUGUUUGAUGAUAAUCGACUGAAGAGGAUCACAAAGCAUCAAUUCAAUCGGAGAGUAAGAUCAGGUGAUUCUAAUCAUUCAGCUGUUCCGAUUAAAAGGAGGAGAUUGUCUGAUUGUGCCAAGGCAGAGAAAAGCCGUGCCAUUGAGAAUUCUUCAAGAGGUAUGGGAUCGGAUAAACUAGGAUUCUCUCGUUCUUCUAGCUUUCAAGAUGCCAACCAAAAUGCUUGUGAUCUAGUUAGUCAUCACCAGAAUGGAAGUUCAACUGCUUCUUCAGCAGACAGAACUGUGGAAGAGGAUAAUGAAGAAAUCAUUUGCAACGAAAGUUAUCAACGCAUGAGUACUUCUUGUGUUAAAGUUGAGAAAUGUGAAUCUUUCACCUUCAACAUACCUCAUGCUCCAUCAAAGUCUGAAAAUAGUAAAACGAUGACAAUGGUGGAGGAAGGCGAGCAGGGACUGAAGGCAAAAGAUCCAUGUCUAACAUCUGCUACUCAUGAAGUAGUUGAGGAGCCUUUGAGAACCCCUUGUGAUGUUGGUUCUUUGGAACAAGAACAACAGGCUGAUAUAAUUCCAAGGAGACAGAGCACUAGAAACAGACCAUUGACAGUUAGAGCAUUGGAAUGUAUAGCAAAUGAAUUCUUGUUUGAGGAAAAGAGGCCAAAAAAGAAAGACAUCCAGACACCCCAAAAUCCUUUCAAUCCAUGCCGCAAGGCUCGUACAAGAGGCAAAACAAUGCUGCGUCGUUCCUGUUCAGAUCACGGGACUGCAGUUUUAGUACAAGAAGAAAACCAUUUGAAUGGAGAUGGUAGUGUUAGCUAAAUAUUUGCAAAGCCAUUUGGUUAAGUUAAAGAGUAGAGGUCAAUAGUUAUUAUUUCUUAAGCUACCUAACUAUCUGUUAUCAUAGAUUUUUUGACUUUUGGAAACAAAUUGGUUUUGAAUGUACUGAUGCUUCUCCUGCCUGACUUGCAAAUUGUGUUCUAAGGCUGCUAGAUGAGUACACUGUACACAUGCUGUA